AUGUGUCAGAGGAAACACCGUCCAACUGGCAACUGUGUCAGGGUGCAUGCGCCUGGCCCGCCACAGGAGUCGCUAGAGAGCAAUGGGACAAGAUCCAAGGAAGUGGAGGUUGAGGAUGCUGGAACAUACAUCUGCAAAGCCACCAACGGCUUUGGCAGUGUCAGCAUCAACUAUACCCUCAUUGUCAUUGAUGACUCUGGUGCUGAUAAGACUGGGCCAGGGGUCCCUGGUGGGGUGGACUCAGAGUAUGACCCUGACCACCUAUCAGGAAAACUAGUGCGUCCCCGCUUCACACAGCCUGCUAAAAUGAGGAAACGGGUGAUUGCCCGCCCAGUGGGGAGCUCUGUGCGGCUGAAGUGUACAGCCAGCGGUAACCUCGGCCAGACCUUCGGCAAGUACACCUGCAGAAUCUCCAACCAAGCCGGGGAGAUCAACGCCACCUACAAAGUGGAGGUCAUAC